GAAAGAGGAAAAUAAUCAUCAUCUAUGCAAUUUUUCCUCGGGCGCACUGUGUUUGUUUUCAUUCCGGCCCAAGACGUUAACGAGGCAACAACGUUGUCCUCGGAUCGCCCGGGUGGCAAUAACAAGUGAGUUAUUUUUUGAGGUUAUUUGCAUUUCGCGAGUUCUUGGUGCAUUAUAAACCGACGAAAACGUGAAAAUGAUCGAUAAAAUCAGAGGUAUGUGAGAGUGUGAAAAUGUAAACAAUUGUGUUUACGUUCGAAAGAACGAAAUGUGAGUGUUGUGCGACCGUCACAGAUGAUUCCGGGGGAGGCGUGCACCAGCAGACGAGUAACAGUCGCAAAUAAAGUCCAUAUUGCACAAGUGAGAAUGGAUCGUCCACACGUUAUGACAUACAGCGGUGGUGAUGCACAUCUCCACGAAUACUGGGAGGCCUAUCAGAAGAUGAUGGAAGAAACUAAAAUGCUCGACGAUUAUUUGGACGAGGAGUGCAGUCCACGCAGUUACGACGAGGGGGAAGAGGAAGCAGAGUGGUUGAGAGCCGCUGGCCUAGGUGAAUUAACAGAGCCCUGGAAAGCAGGUAGAGAAGUUCAACCUGAUGAACUUGGCGCUGCACUUAGGCCACUGUCACGUGCACAAGCUGAAGCGGUUAAACGUAGAGUAAGAUCUCUCAAUCAUACAGUUAAACAGCGUUUCAAUCAACGCACAAGAGCUAGGAAACCAGACAUCAGAGAUGUCUUCAAAGAUGUUGAAAACAAUAUUGUACAGGUAUCGAGCACUGGAACAAGAUCACGCAGUGCAACACCAGAUUCGUUAGACUCGGUAUCGGGUGAAACUGGGGAUAGUGCAUUAUCACUAUCACCACCUAGUGUCAGUGCAACGGAGAGGCAUCAUCCUCACGUGCCAAGUUUUGUUUCUAUUUUUCAUUCUCAAUCAAAGAGUACGAAUGAAAAAGAAACGGUUAGGAGGCUACCUAGUGCUCCCACUACGGUCCAAAAUCCAGUUGUUACACCCACACCACUUCCAAUGCAAGAAAUAUUCAGAAGGGCUGGACAUCAUUGGUCUCACAGAGGAGAUAUUGCAUGUGAUUCGGAGGGAAUUCAACUCACUGGAUUCCACCGACUUGGUACUAUUCACAUUGCAAGACCUCAGAGGAGGAGUGGUAGUGAUCCCAGUGAGGUAGCCAGCACUGUUGAUCUCGAUGUGAAACCUGGGAAGGUACCUGGUAACAAGGAAUCCACCCUCAGACGAAAUACCGGUAGUCAUGCUACUGUGUCGAGGAGUCACAGCAGUUUGUAUGGACUGACCAGACCUUGUGACACUCUGAUAACGAGACCAUUGAGUCGUACUUCGUCACAUGGCCACUUGAGUUUUGAACAAAUGUGCCGAGCCAAUGAGACGGCAAGUGGGGAUUGGGAAGUUGGGGAUGGUAAAGAUGAUGAUGAUGAUAGACAGGGGGUGGAGAUGAUGUCUCAGAGGGAUAUUAUGAGGCUGCAACCACUUCUCUGGCUCGAGUUAACCGCUGUAUUCGAUAAAUACAAUGUUCCACUUACUAAACGCAAGCCAAAUAAACGCAGACGGAAAGCUGGUAAUUUAUUCGGUGUUUCACUGUCCACACUGCUACUUCGUGAUAGUCAGUUGACAAAUGAGGAGAGUAAUAUUCCUCUUGUUUUUCAAAAAUUACUGACUCAAUUGACGAGGCGUGGAGUUAAGGAGGAGGGUAUCCUCAGAGUGGGUGGACAUAAACAAAAGGUGGAGGCACUGUGCAGUGAGUUAGAGAUGGACUUUUAUAGUAAACCUAAGGAGACUGAUAAGUUGUUUCAACGGAGUCCUUGUCAUGAUUUGUCAGCUGUGCUGAAAAAAUUGUUGAGAGAUUUGCCACAACCCUUGUUGACAGUUGAACUUAUUGAUGCUUUUUAUCAGAGUCAUGGUGUCAAGAAUCCCAAUGAAUUGUCGUACGCUUUGAAUCUUCUGGUAUUACUGCUACCAGUGGAACAUCGCUGUACCCUCAAAGAAUUACUAACGUUCUUCAAAUUAGUCGUGGAGAAUCAGAGCUCAAACAAAAUGUCGAUUCACAAUGUUGCUAUGAUUGUUGCACCCUCGUUAUUUCCCCCGCGAUAUAUUUAUCCGCGUGAUCGUACUGAUCUAAGUGCUCAGGUAAAUUUGGCCGCUGUUUGUUGUCAGGUAACAGAGGCAUUGCUCAUUAAUAUGGAUAAACUGUGGGAUGUGCCUAGUAAUUUAAUCGGCCAGUUGCGUAGACAGUACGAGGAGGAGCGUUAUCGCAAGUACAGAAAAAAAUAAUACAACGAAUUUUUUUUUUCUUGCUUUUCUGUUUAUAAAAUUUUUGGUGCCUUUCUGCCAGUCUUAAGAUAUGACAGAGUAUUAUAAGAUUUUAUCAUCCUCAGUAUAUAGGUCUGUGAGUAGAUCAGGUUGUUAAUUUCUUAUAAAUUUUUAUCUAUCAGGAACUUGGAAUAUUUCCACCUUUUCGAGUUUAUUAUACGAUGAAAAAAAAAUCAUGUUUUUUUUUCAUAACAUUGGUGCAAUAAUUUUUACAUGGGUGCUAUCUAUCCAUUGAAGAUUAAUUCCUGUAUUUAUGUGGGAAAUAUUUUAAAUUCCUACAUAAAUUGCGAAUUGAUAAUUUUUUUUAUGGGGCGAUCUACAAAUUUUUCAAUUUUAAGAGUAAAUAUCAAAGAUUUUACUACACAUCACGGAAGUGGCAUUGAUUUGGAGCAUAUCAUCUCCAAAUAUUGAGGUACUUUUAUAAUUUAGCGUUAAUUUUCAGUACAACGUACUUCUAACUGUUUAUUAACUUUUUAUAUCUCACCAUACAAACCUCGACGUGUCAUUUUUUUCAAGGCAUUUUUUAAAAUUGUUUAAGAUUUACAAUCUGACACGCCAUACUACUUUAAGGUAAUUGUACAUAGCUUCGUACUUUGUUACGUUAAUAAAGUGCCAAAGAAAAUAA